GAUGAGAUGAAGGCGCGUGAGUCUGUGGCGACAUCGGAGGCGAUGAAGCCAGUGGUGGAGCAGACUGCUUUAAGGCUUAUCUCGGUUUCUACCCCUGCUUCUGCCGUGGAUUCUAAUCAUCUCGUUGUUUCUGUCGGAUGUUGCGCUCUUGCUUCUAAUGCUAUGGAUGUUGGCACAAACUUGAAUAAGGACCGUAUUCCUCCACUAACUUUACAACCGUUUGACUCAACUUUCCUCUCCUCUGCUGCCGACUUUCUUAUCUCCGGUGGCAGUGAGAAACCUGAUAAAGAAUGCGGUAUAUCUUGCGCAUCUCAAUCCCUUCUCUGUAUUGCCGCUUGCCUUCAUGGACAAUUGCAACGCUAUGCCCGCCAGGCUUUGGAUUGCUCCCAAGAAAAAUCUCUCAUUGGUGAUGAGGCUGAACACGUCAUGUCAAGUUGGUCUGAUUUCUUUGACAAACUUCAGAAAAUGUCAUCUACUGAGGUGGAGCCGUUGCUUAAUGCCAAAUUUAACCGGAAGCCGAAACUCUUAGACCUUAUAUCUGCUCCUACACCUCGUAAUUUCCACACCAAAGUUUUUUCAGGACACGCUCCAGAACUCAACCUAUUGAACAAGUUCUACAGCCAAAGUGAGCCUGAUUUACACCAUUCACUGGAGCGAGAAUUACAAAGACGUAACCUCAUUCGUUCUUUGGACUGUUUUUUGAUGUGUUUGUUGAAAUAUGCAGGUUACCACAAGGAACCCUCUUUAUUUCCCCUUGCAACACUGGCUGAUCAACUAUCCAAGUUGCGAUUGUGGUUGAUUGAUGACACGCGUCGACCUUUCAGUUCUCCUACGAUGGCAGGAGCAUCGCAUCCUUCCACCAAAUUUGAGAUUUCUUCCACAGAGCUGUAUUUACGUAGACUUCUCAACCUUCGCGACACUGAAGUACUCUAUCUUUUGAACAACCUUCCUGGUGGAGAAAAGUUCAUAAAUCACUCAUCGAAACCUAACGUUUUCCCCUCACGAGAUUGUACCGAAGCGCAACUUGAGUUGAUGUCUAAUUGGGAUAUGGUCCAACCUAUUGAUCCCUCAUGCCUACCGGUCUACAGAGUAAAGCUUCCCCAGCUUGGUGAAGUCUCAUGCACAACAACUGGUCACCAUUCUGAAGCACCUGCAGUUGAGGGUCUUCUAUCCUCUCCAAAUGAUGCAUCAAUGCAUCUGUCGCCAUCACCUUCGGAAGCAAGUCAAAAUUCCCUCACCGAUGAGUCCAUAAGUGAAAUUAAGGUACUACUUCGUAGGUGCUGGAUUCUUUUGAAAGAAAUGGUAUCCACAAUAAAGCGUGCCCCGCGACUCGAGUUAUUGCGAACUCGGGCAGAUGAGUUGCUAGAUGCUAGUCUUCGUCUGAGUCGUUUCUUUAAUGGAGAGACCAGUGCCUCUACGGAAUACGCGGCUAUAGUAGAUACCGUCGCUCAUGCUGAUUUUAAGAGAAUUCCAGAUUCUCCCGGUCUGCCACGCAACUGGUCCAGGGCCCCUAUUCAGGAACUGAUUUGGGCUAUUGAGACACUGGAUGAUAUUGAAGAGUUGCGUUCAUUAGCACACUUACUGACUCAACAAUACAAUGCCAUCGGAACUACUUUGGAGCAACAACUCAAUGUAAAUCGGGAUCUCCGUAAUCGAUUACGGGAGGCUAAUAAUCACCUGGCUCGCAUCUAUCUCAGCAUUUCACAGGGCAGUCAACGCUUAGCUGUGAUGACAGAGCGUCUCCUGAUAGAGUCCCAAAAGCAUGAUGAAGUUGACUCCACCUGCGAUGAAGUCAUCCCACCGAAAUCCUAUUCUCAAAACCCUAUAUCAGCAGACGAUAUCAAAGCAUGUGCUCAAAGUGGACCGUCUGAUCUAUCAACACCGGCAACUUUGCCGCUGUCUUCGCAGAAGGCCAAGGGUCAUGGAAAGAUGACGCUCUUGCAUACUUUUCGACAAGCUAUGCGGCCCAAGUCUAAAAAGUAA